UGGCAGGUUGGUUGCCAGUGUUGUUACUAUGUAGGUUAUAACUUUGGCAGGUUAUUGGUAGCGAUUCAAAAUGGCAUUUAUAGGUUUGAGAUAUCCUGCUUUGAACCACAUCAGUCUUCGCAGCUUCCCCAAGUUUGUUGGGAGAACUGUUAUGGUCAAGGAUAACGAUGUUGAAUCUUCAAUGAGACUCAUCAACAGGAUAAUGAGUGAAGAGGGCAUGCUAAAACGUUACCGCCUCAAUCUCCGUUAUGAAAAACCCUAUUUGGUUCGUCGUAGACUCAACUACGAAAAAGCCAAGGCAAUCUACGACGAGGACAUGGCUAGGAAGAUCAACUUCGUAAUGAGAAAGAACAGAGUGGAUCCUUGGGUAGGAUCUACAUAGCCCCCCACUUGUGUGUAAAUAUUUAAAAUAAAACAUAUACAUUAGUAUCAA